CCUAUACUUCACCUACACCUUUCAGAUCAACGACAACUGUCCGGCGAACGAUCCACUCAAGGGAGAUGAUGGUGAGUUCCGCAAUGAUUUUUCCAAAAAAAGCAGAAAACAAGUGAUAGCGAAUAUUCAACGAACCCAUCUGAAACUGCUGGGAUCAAUUCGUCCAACAAAAGGCAGACAACAAGUGGCCCCGAAUAUUCAACGAUCCCAUCUGAACCUGCUGAGAGGGAGAGAUGGUUUCCGCAAUGAUUUUUCCGCAAACAAUCCACUCAAGAGAGGGAGAGAUGGUUUCCGCAAUGAUUUUUCCAACGCCGUCAACAACAACGACAACAACAAAAGGCAGAGAAUAAGUGAUGGGGAAGUCCCUGCUGGGAUCAAUUCGAGUCCCCCCCCAUCUGCUGUUCUUUUCCCCUUCACAAGUUCGCCGCCAGAUGAUAUAACCGAUCACGAUUUUAGGGACUUGGUCAUUGGUCGGAGUAGCAGAUUGUUGGAACGUCACACAACAAGUGGACCUCUCCGGGAUUUGAGGUCUAUUCUUUGCAAUCGCCUGAGCCAACUGACAAGAAUGGAUUCAACGUUUGAGGCUGGUCUAGAGAUAUCUGAUUCCGCAUAUCUAUUCAAGAUUCUCGAAGGUCACGAUGAUUCAAAUCUUGAGUUCGAGAACAUUACCCAAAAAGCUGCCAGAGGAGCAGCACUGUUGCAGGAAGGAGUGAAGCUGGUGAGAGAAGUGCAAGACCAACUCAAGUAUGCCAUGAAAGAUAUGACCUGCCCUACUGAAUUUCACGUUCAACACGUCCUAAAAUAUGAAGCAAAUAUUAUAAUAUAA